CGUUGCAAAGGGGGAAAAUAUACACAUACAUAUAUAUAUGGAGAUGCAUUGAUUGCAUGGAAUUCAACAAGCAAGCGGGGGAUUCGGCGAAGGAAGCUCGUAACAUGGCGGAUACGGAGGAAGGCUUUGGGCUCCCAACCACGCCGGCUGACUCCGAGUCCAAAGAGCUGCAGGCUGAAACCAAGCAGGACACUCAACUGGGGGCCACCAGCAAGUCGCCCACCUCUCCCCAGGCAGCCUUCACCCAGCAGGGCAUGGAGGGGAUAAAAGUGUUUUUGCACGAGCGGGAGUUGUGGCUGAAAUUUCACGAAGUGGGGACUGAGAUGAUUAUAACAAAGGCUGGAAGGCGUAUGUUCCCCAGUUACAAAGUGAAGGUCACUGGACUUAAUCCAAAAACUAAGUACAUACUGUUGAUGGAUAUUGUACCAGCGGAUGACCACAGAUACAAAUUUGCAGAUAAUAAAUGGUCGGUGACAGGGAAGGCAGAGCCGGCCAUGCCCGGGCGCGCCUCUUCGCCGGGCCGGGAUGUGGGACGGGGGCGCCGCGCUGUGACCCCCUCCAUUCCCACGGGGUGUCCUUUCCUUCUCCCCGUCCCCCAGAUCAUCCUGAACUCCAUGCACAAAUACCAGCCCCGGCUCCACAUCGUGAAAGCAGACGAGAACAACGGCUUCGGGUCCAAGAACACCGCCUUUUGCACCCACGUCUUCCCGGAGACCGCCUUCAUCGCCGUCACCUCCUACCAAAACCACAAGAUCACCCAGUUAAAGAUUGAGAACAACCCCUUUGCGAAAGGUUUCCGCGGCAGUGAUGACAUGGAGCUCCACAGGAUGUCCAGGAUGCAGAGUAAAGAGUACCCGGUUGUUCCCAGGAGCACAGUGAGACAAAAAGUGUCCUCAAAUCACAGCCCGUUCAGCGGUGAGACCAGGGUCCUUUCCGCCUCCUCCAACUUGGGGUCCCAGUAUCAAUGCGAGAACGGGGUGUCGAGUACCUCCCAGGACCUGUUACCACCUGCCAACCCGUACCCGAUCUCCCAGGAGCACAGCCAGAUCUACCACUGCACCAAGAGAAAAGAUGAGGAGUGUUCCACCACCGAGCAUCCCUACAAGAAGCCCUACAUGGAAACUUCUCCGGCAGAAGAGGAUCCUUUCUACAGGUCCAGUUACCCCCAGCAGCAGGGACUGAACACUUCAUACAGGACUGAAUCAGCUCAGCGCCAAGCAUGUAUGUACGCCAGCUCGGCUCCCCCCACGGACCCCGUGCCCAGCCUAGAAGACAUCAGCUGUAACACGUGGCCGAGCGUGCCCUCCUACAGCAGUUGCACAGUGUCUGCCAUGCAGCCGAUGGACAGGUUACCCUACCAGCAUUUCUCUGCCCACUUCACCUCUGGGCCGCUGAUGCCCCGUCUCAGCAGCGUGGCCAACCAUACCUCCCCCCAAAUAGGAGAUACCCACAGCAUGUUCCAGCACCAAACCUCGGUUUCUCACCAGCCCAUCGUGCGGCAGUGUGGACCUCAGACCGGCAUCCAGUCCCCCCCCAGCAACUUGCAGCCGGCAGAGUUCCUGUAUUCGCACGGAGUGCCUCGAACCCUUUCGCCCCACCAGUACCACUCGGUGCACGGCGUGGGCAUGGUGCCAGAGUGGAGCGAGAACAGCUAA